CUCGUAGGCUGCGGGGCGUUCCGAGUGCCCCGCGCCGCAUAGCCAUGGCUGCCCGUGGCGGCGUAGCCACCGCCGGCGAGGGCCUGCGCUACGCUGAGGACUCGCCGCCCCCGACCAAGCGGUCGGACGCCGACAUUGACCGGAGACUGGCAAGAAGUUUGAUAGCUGUGGGACUGGGUAUUGCAGCUCUUGGAUUUGCAGGUCGCUACACAUUUCAAAUCUGGAAACCUCUAGGACAAGUAAUCACAGAAACUGCAAAGAAGAUUUCAACUCCUAGCUUUUCAUCCUACUAUAAAGGAGGAUUUGAACAAAAAAUGAGUAGGCGAGAAGCGAGUCUUAUUUUAGGUGUAAGCCCAUCCGCCGGCAAGGCCAAGAUUAGAGCAGCUCACAGGAGAAUCAUGAUUUUGAAUCACCCAGAUAAAGGUGGAUCUCCUUACUUAGCAAGCAAAAUUAAUGAAGCAAAAGACUUGCUAGAAGCAGCCACCAAACAUUGAUUGAUGCUCAAGGACCACUCUGAAGGAGAAAAAGGGGGACCUUAUAAAAAAUGUCCUGCAAGUUAAUCUAAAUCAUGACCUUCAUAAUUUUCAUACAUGCAGUGACCACAAUCAUUUCUUCCACUACUAAGCUAUAUAAUAAUAAAAGAUGA